UUUCAAUCUUUUCCCCUUGAAUAUCUAGGAUUUCCUUUAUGUGGUAGAUUUUUUGUGGAGUGUCGUUGAUUCUUUACACAUUUCGUUUAGAUCAUUUCUAUUACUGACAUAUAAUGUCAUUUGUCUAUAUUUUAUUUUUAAAUAAAAGGUGUACACUUGCUGGAAUAUGUAACUUUUAAUUAUUUGAUUUUAACCGCAUAGACAACAUCAACUUGAUCUAAUAAUAUUUUAUUAAUUGUAAAAAUGGAUGGAGAAUUUACUCAAGACGGAUUAAGUCAUGGCCUAAAUACUCUCCAAAGUUUAAGUCAGAUUCAACAUACUGUUUCACUUAACAACAUACACUUCAAUGACGACGAAGAUGCAGCGAAUAUCCAAGAUAAUAAUAUAUCGCGUGUGUUCGAUUACUUUUUGCGAUCUUAUGUACACACGGGGACUACUGAAUUGGAUGAAGAUGAUAUGGACGACGACGAUGACGACGCAUUGAAUGAAAUGUUCCUUUCUUCCACAGAUUCCACCCAUGAGUUAUACUACAUGAAGCGUAUCUACAAACUUGUGGUCAAGGAGUCUAGCUCAAGCGAAGUCCUACCCGUUCAUUUAAACCACGUCAUGGGUUGGAGGCACGUGAAUAUAGAUGCGCCUGUAAACUUGAACGUUCAACUUUACAGAUACUUGGUGAAGAAUUUUUUGAGAAUGCAAGAACCAUUGGAAGACGUGUUACAGAACUUAGUUAAUGAGAUCUCUAAUGCAGUGAACAGAGUCCCAAGGAAGUUCUAUUUACAGUUUUUGCACACCCCAACUUUGAUUUACCCGUUGAGGGAAGUCAAGUGCUUUAUGCUGGGAGAAUUAAUUUGCAUCAGAGGACAAGUGACGAGAGUUUCAGAUGUUAGACCUGAACUCAUUAGAGCGACAUUUCGCUGUAAGAACUGUGGGACAGUUGUCACGGAUGUUGUCCAACAAUUCAAAUACACCACUCCAACUAAGUGUCCAACCACAGCUUGCCUGAACAGCAGUGACUGGGAGCUAAUGAUGGACCGAUCACACUUUUGUGACUGGCAAAAGAUUAGAAUACAAGAAGUAGCGCAAGAAGCCGAAACAGGAUCAAUGCCGUGCAGCAUUGACGUGAUUAUGAGGAACAAACUUGUUGAUAGCGUAAAUGCAGGAGAUAGAGUCCAAAUCUCAGGGUCACUGAUUGUGGUACCAGAUAUACCCUCGAUGUUAAACGCCACACAAUUGGGAGAAGUGGCAAAGAAAGUAAUGAGGCAAGGUGCAAAGAGAUUUGAGACGUUUUUGUUGUCCCAAGGUAUCACUGGUAUUAGAGGCGUCGGAGUUAAACAGUUAAAUCACAAAUUAAGUUUUCUGGCAACCCAAGUCACAGUGGUAAAUCAGUUUAGAAACACAUUCCAAGUGGGUGAGGUUGACGAAAAGUUCUUGAGAGCAGAAGACCUGCUGAAUAUCUCUGGAUUCGAAUGGAUCCGUGAAGUGAGUAGCAGCAGGGAUACAAUUGACAGACUAAGCAAAAUAAUAGCCCCUAAUGUCUGGGGUAAUUACGAGAUUAAAAAGGGCCUACUUCUUCUAUUGGUAGGAGGAGUACACAAGAGUUCUAGGGAUGCUAAGCUUCGUGGUGAUAUAAACAUGUGUAUUGUGGGAGAUCCAUCGACUGCUAAGAGCCAGUUCCUUAAAUUUGUGGAAAGCUUCGCGCCAAGAGCAGUUUACACCAGUGGAAAGGGGUCCACGGCAGCAGGUUUAACUGCAGCAGUGUUCAAGGACCAUGAUAACAACGACUAUGUCCUUGAAGCAGGAGCCCUAAUGUAUGCAGAUGAAGGAAUUUGCUGCAUUGACGAGUUUGAUAAAAUGAACGAGAGAGAUAGGGUGGCCAUCCAUGAAGCAAUGGAGCAGCAGACCAUCAGUAUAAGUAAGGCAGGUAUCCAGGCAACACUGAACGCAAGAGCCUCGGUCCUAGCAGCUUGUAACCCAAGAUAUGGUCGUUAUGACACUAGUAAAAGUUUCAAGGAUAACGUUAAUAUCCCAUCCCCGCUUUUAUCCAGGUUUGACCUCCUGUACACAAUCCUGGAUGAAAACAACAACCAGGUCAAUAGGAGGAUUUCAGAGUAUGUAUGUGAACGAUAUAACAAAUACACAGCUGAAUCUUCACCCCUGAUCACAGACCCGGAAUAUUUCAACUCACUUAACUUAAAUCCUGAUAUAGUUAACCAGAACUCAAGUGAUACAAUGCUUCUGGAUAGCAUGUCAAUGUCCCAUGAAGGAGAGGGUGCAACCGCAUUCUCAGCUGCAGACAUGGAUGCAUCCACCUACUACAACUUAUCAAAGUGGGACGAAUACACAAGCGUAAAGUACAUUAACCCUAACAGAAGAUACACUCAAUCAAGUAUGACCGCUCCAGUUAAUAAAACUAACGCAAACACCACAACAACAACCCAGGCUAGGGACACUUUGGAUUCUGAAACUGAACAUGAGAUGAACCUUGAUGAACUGAGACUUUAUAUUGAGCUUUGCAAGAGGCUGAAGCCGCUAAUGCAGGAUAGCGCAAAGAGGAAACUGAGUGAAUACUAUGUGGAACUGCGUAAUGGAGAUGUUCAGCUGGGAAAGCGCUCACUGAGAAUGACUGUGAGGCAGCUGGAAUCCCUAGUGAGACUUAGUGAGGCUGUUGCAAAGCUUAAAUUCUCUGAUUUCGUCACCUCGCAUCAUGUCCAGAUAGCCUAUGAUAUCUUCAAGUCCUCAUUACUGAAGUUGACUAACAAAACCACAAUUCAACUCACUACUGGUCUUAAGGAUACCUCAAGAUCAUCUCAAGCCGAUACUACAAGAACAAGUGGAGAAGAAGGUGCCGAGGCUGACCAAGAAGCCGGGAAGUCCUUCGAUAACAUGACAGUGAGCAUCGGCUUGGACAAAUACAACGCAAUAAUCAGUGUGCUUCUAGACAAAGUUGGGGAACAUGAACUAACAGGGAACUUGAUCUUGAACAAUGAGCUCAUUGAGUGGUACUUGGAAAACAUACUGAUGCCAAAAACAGAAGAAGAAGCCAAUGAAUGGAACUUGAAACUGCAACAUAUAAUCUACAGACUUUCGUUUGUGGAUUCCAAACUGAUAGCCACCCAGACCGAUGAAGAUCCCGAGAAUAUAUACAGACUUAGAGUACAUCCAAAUUAUUUCUCCCAUACGCACCUCUUCACACAAAAAAAUGAUCAGUAUGUGGAUGAAUUAAAGGCCUACGAUUCACAGCUAGAGGAAGAAGAAGACCUGGCUGGCGAAUACGAUUUAACGAACGACGAUACUUCGAGGACUAACUAGAUUAGCAACUGAUAAAGCAAUGAUGCAAUAAGAAAUGAAUUAAAAUUAGACUACAUUACUGAAUUAAAAAAUUAAUUGAAAUGAUUACAUAAAUAAGAUUCAGAUGCCUUGGAUAUUAGCCCUCCCAGGUACUCGAGGCGUUGACUUCGGUUCAGACCCUCAAGGGUGUGCAUGGAAAUCUCAACAAAAUUGAUAUUUAACUUUUUUAAUAUGGCUCUCAUUAA